AAUUGAUCUUCAGCCCAAAAUCACUUUUUCAUUUCUUCUCCUUCUCCACUCUGAACCAGAAACCUCUGCAUAACGAAAACUCAACAAUGUCACGAAACUCCCUAAGAUUCGUCAAAUUGAUUCGCUCUCUCUCCACCGAACCAUCUCGCCCCCAAAAAAUCGAACGCAUAGCAGAUGAGCUUUUCAACCUCAACAGAUUCGAACGGCACGACUUCACCGUCCUAUGGAGACUCAAAAUGGGCCUAGACCGUUACGGUGCUCCAGUCGCCGGAGGCCUUGGUCCAUUGGGUUCGACCGCGUCCGGCCCCGCCGCUGCAGAUGCAACCGCCGCUCCUGCGGAGAAGACGGCUUUUGAUAUAAAGCUUGAGAAGUAUGAUGCUGCUGCGAAGAUUAAGAUAAUUAAGGAGGUUAGGUCUUUUACUGAUUUAGGAUUGAAGGAAGCUAAGGAAUUGGUUGAGAAAUUUCCUUGUGUUUUGAAGAAGGGGGUUACUAAGGAAGAGGCUAGUUCUAUUAUUGAUAAGCUUAAGGAAUUGGGUGCCACGGUUGUACUUGAGUGAUUUUCUUUUUCGAUCUUUGUUUUUGGUUAUGGUAGAAUCACCUGUUCUUUGAGAUUCUUGUUUUAUGAGAAAAUGGCUGAUUUUUAUUUCAUGGAAUUUUGUGUCUGUUAGGUGUUUGAUGAAAUGUGCAAUAGUUGUUGCAAGUUAUUUUUAUCAUAUAUUCUUAUGGAAGAUACUUCUGGAUUGGGAAAGUGUUGAUGUUAGUAAUAAAUGGUAUGUAUGAGUGUUAAAUUUCUUUUGAA